CUCACUUCUGUUCUGGCUUCAGAGUGAACUUAAAACAUUUUUGAAAGCUGCAGGAGGCAAACUCGUGGUCGUGGAAUUUUCAGCAAAAUGGUGUGGUCCCUGCAAAAGGAUAUAUCCCAUUUUUCAUGCGAUGUCUCUGCAAUACCAAAAUGUAGUUUUUGCUAAUGUGGACGUGGAUGAUUCUCCGGAAUUGGCUGAAACUUGUAAUGUCAAAGCACUUCCGACAUUUCAGAUGUUCAAGAAAAACUAUCAGGUAACCCUAUUCUCAAGAAUCAAAAGAACAAUUUGCUGUAUUAGAAGUGGAGUCAUGGGCAAGCGGAUUUUUGAAUUUUGUGGAGCUGAUGCUGAAAAGUUGGAAGGGAAGAUUCAAGAACUAAUGUAAGCUGAUCCCCAAGACAAAAUAUACUGUGACAUUUUAA